AUGAAUGGCUAUGCCGGAUUUCCUCCCAGCCCCAGUGACCCCUCCAGGGGCGUGCUAGAACCCAAGCCCGGCCGAGCCCCGCUCCUGGAAGACGUGGAGAUGAGCAGCAGCUGCAGCAGAAAUGAAUCCAGUGAGAACCGCUCCACAGGGCAGGCUGGCGACUGUGACGACAGCAGGGGACCGGGGAUGCUGGGCCGGCCGGCCGCCCUGCAGGGCCCAAAUGGCUUCAACCUGAUCAUGGCCACGUCCGAACACAACCCGUCCACAAGUGGCUGCAGUGAGCAGUCUGGCAAAGCAGACAUGCACAGAGAGCUGAGAAAGACCCUGAAGGAGCUGAAGGUCCACCUCCCUGCCGACAAGAAGGCCAAAGGGCGGGCCAACACGCUGGCCACCCUGAAGUACGCCCUGCGGAGCGUGAAGCAGGUGAAAGCUAACGAAGAGUAUUACCAGCUGCUAAUGUCCGGUGACAGCCACCCCUGCAGUCUGAACGUGCCGUCCUACACGGUCGGGGAGAUUGAGAGCAAGGCCUCUGAGCACAUCGUGAAGAACGCGGAUAUGUUUGCGGUGGCCGUGUCCUUGGUGACGGGGAAAAUUCUGUACAUCUCCAGCCAAGCUGCAUCCGUCUUUCACUGCAAGAGAGAUGCCUUCACCGAUACCAAGUUCGUGGAGUUCCUGGCGCCCCACGACGUCAGCAUGUUCCACAGCUCCACUACCCCGUACAAGCUGCCGUCUUGGGGCACCUGCAGCGGGGCAGAUUCUUUCACUCGAGAAUGCAUGGAGGGGAAGUCUUUCUUUUGUCGUGUCAGACGAGCUUUUAAUGGCGGACCUGCGGACCCAACGGUGCCCGUGGACCCCAAAGGUGCAUGCAGCCUGCUGUCCACUGCAUGCUGUAGGGGAGGGUGCCAGAGAACCUCGCCCUUCCACGUGAAGGCGGGUUUGGGGCUGCCCUGCGCCCUGUGGCUUGGCCGGGACCUGGCCCCACAGUGCCAGCCUGUGGGCUCUGUGGUGGAGGUGGUGGUCGGUCAGAGGUCACGCCAUCCCUGUACCUGCCCGGUACCUGCCAGCAGUCCAGAUGCCCACAGUGCCCCUAGAAUUCCUCCUGAGAAGAGAAUUUUCACAACCACGCAUACACCAAAUUGCUUGUUCCAGGACGUGGAUGAAAGGGUGGUCCCCCUCCUGGGCUACCUGCCUCAAGACCUGGUGGAGAGCCCGAUGCUGCUGCAGCUGCACCCAAGCGACAGACCCCUGAUGCUGGCCAUCCACAGGAAGAUCCUGCAGUCUGGCGGGCAGCCUUUCGACUAUUCGCCCAUCCGCUUCCGCACCCGGAAUGGCGAGUACAUCACGCUGGACACCAGCUGGUCCAGCUUCGUCAACCCCUGGAGCAGGAAGAUCUCCUUCAUCAUCGGGAGGCACAGAGUCAGGGUGGGCCCCUUGAAUGAAGACGUGUUUGCGACCCAGUCAGGUGUGGAGGAGAAGACCUCGCACCCUGGCAUUCAGGAGCUCACCGAGCAGAUCUGCCAGCUGCUGCUGCAGCCCGUGCCCUACAGUGGCUCUAGCGGCUAUGACAGCCUGGGCAGCAACGGGUCCCACGAGCACCUCAUGAGCCAGACAUCCUCCAGUGACAGCAACGGCCACGAGGACACCCACCAGAGGAAACCCGGCAUUUGUAAAAAUGGUAACAGGGCCAAAACCAAAAGUCAUUAUUCUCAUGAACUCACAGAACAAAAGAAAAAACCUAUUACAGAGCUGCAGAGUCAUCCCCCUAUCCUGAUGAAGGCGGCCCCAGCCACAGACAGGGAUGGCGCGGGGGCUGGCGUCCCCAGGGCCACCUUCCCCGAGGAGCUGGUGUGCAGGGCCCAGCCGGCCUGCUCCUACCAGCAGGUUAGCUGCCUCGACAGCGUCAUCAGGUACCUGGAAAGCUGCAGCGAGGCCACCACGUUGAAGAGGAAGUGCGAGUUCCCGGCCAGCGCCCCGGCCCUGAACGCCAGUGACAAGCGCAAGGCGACGGGAGCCUCGCAGGUGCACACAGCCCUGCUGAAGCCUGCCGAGGAGAAGAGCCACUCAGACGUCACCACACACCUGACCUCAUUGACACUGCCUGGCAAAGCGGAGAGCGUGGUGUCCCUCACCAGCCAGUGCAGCUACAGCAGCACCAUCGUCCACGUCGGAGACAAGAAGCUGCAGCCUGAGCUAGAAAUGAUCGAAGAUGCCACAAGCGGGGCCGAGUCCCUGGACGGCCCAGCCGGCCCCGUGCUGAGCUGCAGCCUGGGCCCUGAGAAGGAGCCCUUCAAGAAGCUGGGCCUCACCAAGGAGGUGCUGGCGGCGCACACGCAGAAGGAGGAGCAGAGCUUCCUGCACAAGUUGAAGGAGAUGCGGAAACUCAGCACAUUCAGCUCAUGCUGUCCUCACUACUUACAGGAAAGGCCCAGGGGGCAGUCAAGCCAGCUAACUGCUCCUGGACUAAGAAAUGCUUCUGGGAUGCAUUCAUCAUGGAAAAAACCCGGGAAGAACAGGAAGCUCAAGUCCAAGCGGGCCAAGCUCCGUGACUCGUCCGGGAGCACGGCAUCAGGACAGCCGGCCACAACCCGCGCCCCGCUCGCGGGCCUCAAUGCCACGGCCUGGUCGCCGUCCAACACAUCCCAGUCCAGCUGCCCGGCUGUGCCCUUCCCCGCCCCCGGGCCAGCCUACUCCCUGCCCGUGUUCCCCACAGCCCCCCACACUGGCUUCGCGGUGCCCGUGGGCGCCCAGCCCGACUUCUCGGUCCAGCCCCCGCCGUUCACAGCCCCCCUGGGUCCAGUCAUGGCAUUCAUGCUGCCCAGCUACCCCUUUCCUGCCGUGACCCCGAGCCUACCCCAGGCCUUCUUCCCUGGCCAGACUAACUUUCCGGGCCACCCCGAGAUGAUACCCAUCUCAGAGCCUGUGUUCCCCGGUCGGAGCCCGUUCCCCACACAGCCGUGCGCCUGUCCCCCGUCACAGCACGGGCAGCUGGCAUCACGUGCAGCCACCCCGGCCACCCCCUCGUCAACCACCGGGCCCGUGGGCCGGGCCUCCCCGCCCAUAUUCCAGUCCCGCAGCAGCUCGCCCCUGCAGCUCAACCUGCUGCAGCUGGAGGAGGCCCCCGAGGGCAGCGCUGCGGCUGCAGGGACCGUGGGGACCACGGCUGCAGGGCUGGACGCCAAGCCAGCCACGUCCCAGGACCACCCGCUGAAGGCACGGCCCACGCUCCAUGAACCCUCGGAGGCCCAGCACAGCGAUGCCCUCUCCACAUCCAGCGACCUGCUUGACCUCCUGCUGAACGAGGACCUCUGCUCGGCCACGGGCUCGGCCCUGUCGGGGAGUGGGGCCUCUGCCACCUCAGAUUCGCUGGGCUCCAGGUCGCUGGGGUGCACCGUGUCCAGAAGUGGGACAGGCAGCAGUGACACCAGUCACAGCAGCAAAUACUUCGGAAGCAUCGACUCCUCAGAGAAUAAUCCCAAAGUGGAAACAAGCACGCACGUGGGCGAGAGUGAGCACCUCAUCAGGCACGUCCUCCAGGACCCCAUCUGGGUGUUGAUGGCCGACUCGGACAACAGCAUCAUGAUGACGUAUCAGACGCCUGCCCGAGAUCUUGCUGAGGUCCUCAAGGAGGACAGAGAGAAGCUGAGACUUCUGCAGAAGCUCCAGCCCCAGUUCACAGAAGCCCAGAAGCAGGAACUUCGUGAAGUCCACCCCUGGGUGCAGACCGGUGGCCUGCCUGCGGCCAUGGACGUGCGGGAAUGUGUUUACUGUGGAAACAAGGGCAAAGGCAACUUUCCUGCACCGCACGAGGAAGAUAUUCCUGCUCUGGGACUCAGCAAAGCCACAGACGCCAAAGAAGAAAAUGGACCCCCCACUGAGUCAGGAAAAUGA